UCUUUUGUAGAGUGAAUAGCUGAAGGUUUUCCUUGAGUGAUCUCACAAGUUUUGACCUUUUUGGACGUCUGGCGUCAUUUUGCUUUGGCUUGGAUGCUGGACGACGCUCGAAAGGAUGCGGUCUUAGAGGAACACGUAUUUCGGAAAUGCCGGGGAGUGUUACAGCUGCCCGAUUUCAGGGCAGCAAAGAGCGGUACCACUGGCAGACCCAGAAUGUCAAGCAGAGCGGGGUGGACGACAUGGUCCUGCUCUCCAAGAUCAGCGAGGAGGCCAUCGUGGAGAACCUCAAGAAGCGCUUCAUGGACGACUACAUCUUCACCUACAUCGGUCCCGUGUUGAUUUCUGUCAACCCCUUCAAGCAACUGCCGUAUUUCACGGACCGCGAGAUCGACAUGUACCAGGGUGCGGCUCAGUACGAGAACCCUCCGCACAUCUAUGCGCUGGCUGACAACAUGUAUCGCAACAUGCUGAUCGAUGGGGAGAACCAGUGCGUCAUUAUCAGCGGAGAGAGCGGGGCGGGCAAGACGGUGGCUGCCAAAUACAUCAUGGGCUACGUCUCCAAGGUGUCCGGCGGAGGCCCCAAAGUGCAGCACGUGAAGGACAUCAUCCUGAAAUCCAACCCGCUCCUGGAAGCGUUCGGGAAUGCCAAGACGGUCCGGAACAACAACUCCAGCCGAUUUGGCAAAUAUUUUGAGAUCCAGUUCAGCCGAGGAGGGGAACCGGACGGGGGCCGGAUUUCCAACUUCCUCUUGGAGAAGUCUCGUGUGGUGAGCCAGAAUCCAGGAGAGAGGAGCUUUCAUAUCUAUUACCAGAUGCUAGAAGGUGCCUCCCCAGAGCAGAGAGAAAAUUUGGGAAUUACCACCCCAGACUAUUACUACUACCUCAACCAAUCUGCAUCCUACAAGGUGGACGACAUGAAUGACCGACAGGAGUUCCAGGAGACGUUGACCGCCAUGGACGUUGUGGGCCUCUCCGGAGAAGAGCAGGCGCUGGCGCUUCAGAUCGUAGCCGGCAUCCUACACCUGGGCAACAUCAGCUUCCGGGAGUCGGGCAACUUAACUUGGGCAGGAGAGCCAGGACUUCCUGGCGUUCCCCUCCUACCUCCUGGCCGUCGACCAGAAGCGUCUGCAAGAGAAGCUGACCAGCCGCAAGAUGGACAGCAAAUGGGGCGGGCGGCAGGAAGUCAUCGACGUGACGCUGAACGUCGAGCAGGCAAACUUCACCCGCGACGCCCUCUCCAAGGCGCUCUACUCUCGCCUUUUCGACUACCUGGUGGAUGCAGUCAACAAAGCCAUGCAGAAGAACCGUCAGGAAUACAGCAUCGGAGUCCUGGAUAUCUACGGCUUUGAGAUCUUCCAGGUAACACAAGACACCAUGGGGAGAAAUGCCUGGAACGGCUGCAGCUCCCUGGACUCUGUCGGUUGCUGUCAGCAUAGUCAGAGCGUCCUGCCAAAGUAGCUUCCUCAUUUGUGUUGCCCAACCUCAGUGGGCCCAAUUGGGAAGAAAAAAAUGACCAGGAGAAGUCAUCUGAAUGGCUCAAACUGUCACUCUGAUAAACAAACAUUAAUUGUA